AUGGGGGACUUGGGUUCACUUUCGGAGCCGUGGAUGCCUCUAGCACCUCGCGCAUUCCCUCUGGGGAAGGCCAAUGUCUACCCUCUAGAUGAAUUACACGCUGUCAGUGUGUCUCUACCAACUUGGGCCUCAGUUAUUGGGCUAUCGCGGAAAGAGGAGUGGGUGUUAGAAAAUCUGGAGUGGAGUUAUCCCCGAUUCUACUUGAAUAAACCAGUUAGAGAUCUUGCAGAUGCCGUUUUGCACCGACUCCAGAUCACUGACAAGUCCAUCUCUUGCAUGGUCUUCCGCUCCGCGAAUGCUGCUCGGCUUUGUGCAGCAGACCUUCAGGCGGUUGCUUCGGAUAGCCAGUUCAGGGUCUUACAGACCGUCCAAUUCGUUAUGCCUCUGGAAUCGAAUUGGGGAAGUUCGGCUACUCAUUGGGCCAAUUUCACUGCUGUGCUAUUCCCCGGCGACUUAAAGAAACAGGCCAUGGCGUUUUGGCGCGAUACAGGCGCUGGAUUGUCCACGCGACAUGCCACUUACUGUCUGGAAGAGCUUGACUAUCUUGAUUCUGACUCCUCGGAACCGACUUUCCGGACCCCAGCGCUCCAAAAGAGAAGCUGUCGCCAAAGUCAGCAGUCUGUGAUGCUGACACAGUCUGCAGAUAGCAGUAUGGGCGAGAUAAAGACGUUUCUUGCGCAGCUGGCCACCUCAGAACAGCCAGGGCAGCCAGCUGUGGAUCCCGACGACGUUUUUCUAUACCCCAAUGGAAUGAACGCGAUCUACGCGCUCUCCGAGGGUGUCGCCUCGUUUGCGGCAGACUCCACUGUAGCUGCUUAUGGGUGGCUUUAUCCGGAGACGGUUGACGUCCUCAAACGGGGUCCGUGGGGGAAAUUGCUCUCUUUCAAGGAUGGCAGCGAAGAGGAGCUGGAUCAGCUAGAAAGUAUGCUAGAAUCUGGCCAACAGAUUCGGGCUCUUUUUUGCGAAUUACCGAGCAACAUUAAACUGUCGUCGCCCAAUCUACACCGCAUCCGUGCCCUGGCCGAUAAACAUGAUUUUCUCGUAGCGUGCGACGAUACUGUGGCGGGCUACGUCAAUGUUGAUGCCCUCCCGUAUGUGGACGUAAUGAUGUCCAGCCUGACCAAGACAUUCAGUGGUUUUUCGAAUGUUACUGGAGGAAGCUUGGUGAUCAACCCCUCCUCGCGUCAUCGCCAGACUCUUCACAACAUCAUAUCGGCCCAAUACGAGAACAUAUACUUCCCUCUUGAUGUCGAAGUGAUUGCCAAAAACAGCAAGAAUAUGUCCUGGCGAGUCAGGCAAUGUAGCCAAAACACUCUUCCGCUUGUCAAGCUGCUACAGUCCCAUCCUUCAGUUGCCCAGGUGAAUCAUCCUUCAAUUGCACCAACAGAGCCUGUAUACAGAUCCUUGAUGCGCAAAGAUGGUGGAUAUGGCAAUGUGCUGAGUAUUAUUUUCCAUCAUCCGCGCAGUGCAGAGCAUUUCUACAACGUUCUGGAUAUAUGCAAAGGCUCCAGCUUCGGAACUAACUUCACGCUGGCUAUUCCAUACGUCCAGCUUGCCAACUACUGGAACCGUGAAAAAGUCCCCAAGUACGGCGUGCCGCAGCACAUUAUUCGAAUUAGUGUUGGGCUUGAAGAUAGCGAGAGUAUUGUCAAUGCGGUGGCCGCUGCUCUCCGUGAAGUGGAAAUAUUCGAGUCUGGAGACGUCCUUAUCGGUGAUGCGUAA